AUGGCGUUAAGGGCCAUGAAGAAGAACCUAACUCGCCGCCGUUACGAGUGUCUCUCCUCCUCCUCCUCCUCCUCCACAAGUCGUCGUGACUCUUACAACUUCGUUUCUGAUACCAAACCAAACGUAGAAGGUCACCAUCGCCGUCGCUGGUCCAUGGGAGACAGAGACUUCUCAUCGUUAUCAAGCCGGGAAACGAAAGGAAGCGGUGACGGUGGAGCUAUGGAGAAGAGUUGUUCACCGCCACGGGAAGGUCAACUCGUGAGAUACAAGAGCCAUCGUUUGUUUUCUUGCAUCUCAGGUCAAUAA